AUGACGGUCGGUUUCGGCUCGAUCGAGGCUAUUGUUAUUCACCUAUUGCGCAAAGAGGCAUCGCCGGUCGACCCGUAUGCGCUCUACGGACUAUGCUCCGUUUUUGUCCCGGUGAGGAACAAUGGCCGACGCAUUCCAUCGCAUCACCGUUAUCUGCUGACGGUAAUCGUCGAUACGCUGUCUCCCCUCGCCCCCUCUCCUCCCUACUGGCUGCCCCCCCGAUGGCGCGAUAAAUCAAAC